UCUGUACAACAGCUGUUCACAUGCACGCGCUCGUUCGCAUGGCUCGUCCCAAACCGGAAAGAGGUGAAACUACUUCCGGGUGAAGAGAGUAAACUGUGUCCACGUGAAUUACCAAACAGAGUACAGAACUGAAUCCGAUGAGGACGUGAUCUUUGUGUGAGCAUACAUCCAAAGAGAUCACCGUUGACCAGGUGAAGCGACUGGACCUGCAAAGAGACAUUGAUCAACAGUCCCUGCCCAGACAGCUAACCAAACCCUCGGGGUCCGUUGCUGUGGAGAGGCCAGUGGAAAUGGUGACAAUGAAGAUGGAGGGAGAGAAGAGUGAGGAGAAUUUUGUAAAGAAGAAGAAGAAACGCACAAAAGAACAAGCGCCUCUGCCUGAAAAUAAUACCUUUGAUGAUGGGAGCCUAGCAGAGGUGAAAAAAGAAAAGAAGAAAGCUAAAAAAGCUGAUGUAAUAGUUAUACAUGUAGAUGAGGAGUCUUGUGAUGAAAAAGAAGAGAAGAAGAAAAAGAAGAAGAGGAAAAUUCUCACUGAAUCUCUGAAUGAUGACAGUGGUUCUGAUGUCAAGAAUGGAAAUGACAAAGAAGGCAGCAAGAAGAAGAAGAAGAAGCAGCUGGAAACUGCACAGUUCAGUUCAGUAAAAGAAGAAGAAGGAGUGCAAAAGAAACAGAGGAAGGAGAAGAAAGUAAAAGAUAAGUCUGUACAAAUUAUACCAGAAAAUGUAAAGAAAGAGGAGGAAGAAGAACAGCAAGCUGGAAAGGAUAAAUUGCCAAAGAAAGCCAAGAAGAGUAAAAACAUUUCUGUUGUAAACACAGAGGAGAGUGAGAAGCAAGUUAAGGAAAAGAAGAAAAAGAAAACUACUGAUGAGGACGCAACUGAAGCUGUGGAUGGAAAAAGUGUAACAAAAAAGAAAAAUACAGCUAAAAUGAAAGUGGGUGAGAAUGGAGUGAAGUUAGAAACAGCAGAGGUAGAGGUUGAAGAGGUAAAGGUGAAAAAGAAGAAGAAAAAGGCAACCAAAGAAGAUGGAAAUGAAUUAGGAAUGCCUCAGAUUAAAGUUAACAACAAAAAGAGCAAAAAUGUGGAGGAAGACGACAUGCCCAACAAGAAGAAAGACAAAUCCACAGAGAGCGAGAUUGUUAUCGUAGACGAAGGGGAGACGGAGCGUAAGAAAAAAGGAAAAAAAGAAAAGGGUAGAAAAGCUUCUGUCGAGGUCGGCAAAGUAGAAGAGACGGAGAAGCCAAAGAAGAAGAAAAGGAAAAAGGGAAACUCAAAGGGAGAGGAAGAAGAACCAUUAGUACUGAAAUGUGAAGACGUUGAGGAGCAAAGUAGUGAAACUGUCGUCACGGUAACUGGGGACACGACAGGCAAGAAGAGCAAAAGGAAGAGGAGCUCCACUAAUGACGAAACGCAGGUGGAGGCUGUGAGUUUUGGAACUGGUGCGAAAAAGAAGAAGAAGAAGAUUAAAGAAGAGGUGGAAGACCAACAUUUUUUACAUCGACAGUGAACCUUGUUUGUGUUUCAGGAGAAACCUGGAAACGCUGAUGAGGUCAAUAUCAACCAGGAAAGAAGACAGGCUUUACAAAUGGAUGUCGACAAGGCUUCUCAGCCUCUAAAGCCAGACAAACCCACGGGUCUCGGCCAGUGGAACACCGCCCAGUUCGACAGCUCCGAAAAGCAGCAGAAGUUCCUCCGGUUGAUGGGCGGCUUCAAGAAGGGUUCCCAGCUGGCUGCUGGGAGCAGCGGAGGAGCAAAUAUGGCACUCGGGAAGGACGCUCAGCAGCAGUUGCAGCAAGGGCUUCUGGGAGAGUUUGAACGUGCUCAAUCGCGCAGAAUGGACUUCAGUAACAGGGGGUCAGGACUUGGGUUCACUGCACCAUCCAAUAAGAAGUUCGCCAUCGACAUCAAUUCAUGUCGAUCAGUUCGCUUUGAUGAUUGAUCCGUGUGUGUGUGUAUAAGGGUAAUCUUUAAGAGAUGUGUGUGUAGAUUCGCACACUUGACUGUUUGAAAUCUACAUCCGUCUCACAACAGACUACUAUUUUAGCUUGUAUAUAAAUGACUGAGACCGAACACACAACACAACGUGCCAUUUGUACAUACUGUAUAUUAAACCUCCUCCUGCUUGAGGAACUGUU